AUGCGCCGCUCCGCGUCUCGUAGUAUCGACUGGAAGAGCUUCCAGCACUUUCAGGCGAUGGCUACAGAACAGGAACGACUGGACUUGGGCUUGGACUGGGAGGAAGAGGAAGAGGAAGAGAAGCAGCAGCACUUGGCUCGUGUGGAGGACGCUGCAGAUGGCGCACCGACCGCAGUGCUCUGUCGGUUUUUUGUGCUCGGCAAGUGCAUCUAUGGCAGCCGCUGUACCUUUUCCCAUACGCUGCCUCACCUCGUGACGGAUUGCGCGGUCGAUGAAGCUGAUCGUCUAUCGGCCGCGGCCGCACUGGUAGACUGUCCGUUCUUUUUGCGCGGCAAGUGCAAAUUUGGCGAGCGCUGCCGGCUUCGACAUGACUCGGUGAUACUAUCACAAGCCCCCGAUAUGCCUUGCGCUACUGGUCGAGUGUCGAAACCUGCGGCCGUUUCGGCUGCGUGUGUUGACAACCAGCAGGAGUUCACGUGUGGCAUCUGCUUUGACGAUAUCGUGCAGUCCGGCAAACACUUCGGACUACUCAGCUGUGACCACUGUUUUUGCCUGGAGUGCAUGCGUUCGUGGCGGCAGUCGAAGGAAAUGGAGCUCGUUCGAGCGUGUCCAGCUUGCCGCAUCCCCAGUGACUACAUUGUGCCAUCGCUUACGUUUUGCAUCGGCGACGAGAAGCGCAAGGCAGUUGAGGCGUACAAAAGCCACUUGGCUUUGCGCGAGUGCAAAUACUUCAACGGCCUCUUGGGCAGUUGUCCGUUCGGACCCCGUUGUUUUUAUGCGCACCUUGACGCUAGCGGUCGUGAUGUGAAACCUUUGGAUCGUCCGAAACGACGGAUGAAAGCAGAGCGCAAUCGAAGUCACCACGAAGAUGGCGAUGCGAUGCUGCAGUCGUUGCUUCAACAAUACAACCACCUUUUCCACUUUUUCGAAGAUGCAGACAGGGGCGAUAGCGACUUGGACGACCUGGAAGACUCGGAGGAAGACCACAUUGGGUCAGGCUUUUCGGAAGAUGAGUAUGACACAGAAUGA